UCAAUACCACCAUGCGCGAGCUGUGUUACUGGCUUCAUUCAUUCGCAGAGUGCACGGUCUGCAGAAAGUCGGAAAGAAACACCGAGGAAUUGAAAGCGGCACCUCAACUCAACUUUCAUUUCAAUUAGUCGCUGAAACAAGUGCUCCAUUGUUCAAAAUUAAAUGAGAUGGAGAAGUGAAAUCGCAGAGCGGUCUCUAGUGACAGCGUUUGUGGAGAUCGGGUGCCCAUUUUCCACUCUUGGGAAGGAACCACUUCACCAAGGCGAUCGAAGAAUUGGACCCGGCAUGACUCGGUGGUAAAGGCUGGACACGCGGCAAGUAUACGGUGACAGACAGGGCGCGAACCCGGAACUGGUGGUUAUCAGAGGCACAAGGGCCAAAGUUCGUGGAGUGUUGAAUGUCUCGGAUUGUGCGAAGCAUGUCAGUGCACUUGUUAUCGGCGAUAGAGUAAAUAUUACGUGGUGUUACGGUGUGGAUAUAGCUGGAAUGAUAUACAAUAGUGAUGAAGGAUCUGCUAUAUAAAAACAGCCUGGCAUAUUUGAUCAAGACCGCUUUCAGUGUAUGAUUUAUGCACAGCCAUAUAGGGGGGAUCGUGUCCUAUGAUCGAUUUUGGAGUGUGGCUUCUGACUUAGGUUAGAUUGCACUGAGACAAAACAAUGUCAAAAUGUAAAGUAAAUCUCAUUUCUUUCUAUUAUUCUAUUUCUGGUUCCAAGUUUCAAAAUGACUAAAGAAACUCUCUUAUAAAGAUAUACCUUUCACCGCAGUGAACCUAUGGCGGCUUGUUUUUGAGGAACGUUUUGAAGGUUUUGAGCUUCCUUCCUCCAUGAUAGAAUCGUUCCGACCAUUUCAUAAUGGCAUUCCCUCUUUUGAACCAAUUGGUGUCCUACCCGGACCCCCUCCAACCCGAGGUUCCCACGGGGGAUGAAACCGACACCACCGCCCUUGCCUCCGAGACGGUCGAAGACCGGGAGGUCUCAAAUGCUGAGGAAGACGAGAAAGCAGAGAAUGACGAUGAGAAUUCAUCCAGCCGUCGUUUGCCUUCCAUCGUCUCCAUCAGGGAGUUCCAGCGACCCCCGCCACCCGGCACCAUCCAAGCCAGCUGGCUCGACACCAGCUACCAGAAAGCUCUGGCCCGGGUCCGAGAGCGGAUCGUCGGCCAGGGGAAAGGGCCCAGGAACGCCGAGGAGUGGCGGUACCACAAGGCUCCGGCGCCCGCUCGCCCCGACCUAACCCGAACGUUCCCGCUCCUCAUGCGAAACGAAGUGAAUAAAAACAAUCCGAGAAAAAGGAAUAAACACAGACGGAGUGGGACAUUUCCAAGAGCUGCCUCGGAUGAUGUUGAUGAUGAAUCUAAGGUUGCAUUUCUGCCACCAUUGCCUGUGCAUACAUUGUACCAGAACCUCUUCCACGACCUCUCCUCAAGUUUCCCCUCAACAGUCCUCAGCAAAAAACUCAGGUCUAUCCAGGACAAUAAUAUCUACCACCACACCUACUUGCCCUUCGUUGGUACUGCCUCCCUCCACCCUAAGGCCUACUCAGAGACAGAAGUCCGGGAGAAGCCCUAUGUUCUCCCGGCUCUCUGUCCCGGUUGUCGCGGCGACGUAGGGGUCACAGUAGACUUCAGGGGCCUGGCCAGUGUGGACAAGGAUGAAGGGAUCGGGUCAGAGAUCGAAAGCCAAGGGAUCCAGGGUCAGGAUGAUGUGGAAAUUGAGCUAGUGAAAGAUAGUGCAGUAACUCUGCAAAUGCAAAGCAUUUGCUUUGGAUGUGCAUUGAGUAGUACACCACACUAUCACCACAGUAAACCAAGGAGGGUAGGUGGUGGCUUUACAUUCUUCAGCAAAGAACCUCCAAAAUAUGUCUUGGUUCCAAAGGAGGAUGUAGUUACCAAGGAGACGAGGCUACCUGAUUCAUCUCUAUUGUAUUCAUCUGAAAACUUGACUUUGGACGAUGACCUGCGCAUGUCAGUGGAGAAACUUCCUGAACCAGAGGGGCCAGUCCAUGAGAUGACGGUGCCUCGGCAGAAACCCACAAAAGUUCCUCAAUGGAUCCUGGAUAUGGUGCAUCACCAUGGCGACAGGAACCACAAAGUCAAGCAUUACCAAGAUCACUGUUAUGCCUGUUUACAAGUCUUGCGCCAGCUCUUGCCGGAUUACAACCCCAAGGAUUUUUCUGACUGCUCCUCAUCUGGUAUCGGUACCUCUGUCAUGUCAGAAGCAACAAGGCUAGAGGAAGAAGCUCGCAUUGAGGAAGAGGCCCGGCUGCGGAUGGAGGCUAGAGCUAGGGAGAAGCGACGUCUGGAAGAGGAGAGGUUGAGACGGGAAGAGUACGAGAGAGAGAGACGGAAACAUCUUUACAAAGCUCCAAAAGCCUUUCAACCAAAGAAGUCGGAAGUGAAGGUAACGGAAACCCAGGACCCCUUCAGCAAAGAACGGAUGCUGGAUGUCCCCAAGAAUGAAGGCUUCAAGGUCCAGAAGUCCACCAAGCCCCCAACCAAGACAGUGGAGACCAGACGGGAGGAGAAGAUCUGGAAGGAGCCAGAGCGGUUUGAACUGAAAAAGCCCGCCCCGAAGGCUGCCUCGGCUGUACGGAAACCGCCCGAGAGAAAGGAGCGGCUUCGCCCGGAGACACCGCCUCCACCUCCCCCACCUCCUGUUGCUAAGAAACCGACCAUUCCCAUCCAGCCUAAGAAGAGGGAGGUGGCUGAACCCAUCCCAUCGCUCAGGGAACCGGCUGAGGCACCGCCUAAGAAGCAACUGGAGAAGGCAAAGUUUGUAAAGCCGCCCAUCAAAAAAGUCGAGAAGGAGCUGUUACCAACCCCAGCCCCACCUCCUAUGCCAGUGCGGGCUAAGACUCCGCCUCCGAAAAAAAAACCUGUCGCUCGAGCGGUAACGCCACCCCCCAAACCAGUACAAGACCCUCCGAAAGUUAUCGAGAGAACCAAACCAGUCCUGAAGGAAAAACCCAAACCGGUCCAGAAGGAAGAAAUGCCCCCACCCCCGCCAGUUAAAAAGAUUGCAAAAACCGAAAAGGUGGAUCGCAAACCGAAGGUCGUACAAAAGGAAGAAAAGAAACAGCCAGAAAAAGUGGUGGUGAAAAAGAAGCCACCACCGAAAGAACCCGCAGUCAUACCAAAGAAAGAAGUCAAGAAAGAACCUCCCCUUGUAAAACAUAUGACUCCUCCCCCACCUCCAGCCCCACCUAAAGACUCAACCCCUGAACCUACUCCCCCACCCCCACAAGACCCCACCCCUCCAUCUCCAAAGGAGUCCACACCUCCACAGACACCCACGCCUACACCACCCCCUGCAGAGUCAACACCUCCCCCACCAAAAGAGUCCACCCCUCCACCCAGGGAACCCACUCCCCCACCCAAAGAGCCCACCCCCCCUCCACCACCCAGAGAACCCACCCCUGUGGAACUGAUCCCACCACUGCCACCGAAAGAUCCAACACCACCCCCACCAGAGCCUGAACCAGAACCAGUCAUCAUCAAACGUAAGAAGCCUCCAAGGCCCAGACCACAACGUAAGAAACCCCCAAAACCUGUCAAGAAGGCAAAAAAGAAGGAACCAGAGGUACCACUCAAGUCUGAGAGGCCUUACAUGGAUAUUCCCCAAGUGCCGUUCAGACAACCUGCUCCAGAACCAAACCUGCCAAAAGAACCAAGUCCGGAACCUGAAGUACUGGAACCUGAACCAGAGAUUGAACCGGAACUGGAGCCUGAGCCGGAACCUCCGAAAGUGCCCACCCCAAUCCUGUCACCACCACCCCCACCUCCGAAAGAGCCAGAGAAGCCCACGCCGAUUGUCAAGCCCUCCAAGAAGACGAGGAAUGCCAAGCUUCCCAAACCAGCCCCUGUCAAGAAACCAAUGGCUGUUAAAGCCAAGAAGAUCCCUGACAAGCGGAAAAAACCGAAGCCUUUCGUCAUGCCUGUCCAGAAGAAACUUGAGCACGAAGAGCCGCCUCCAUUCCCUGCGACCCCUGAACCUAGUGAGCCCAUGGAGCUCAUUAUAGAGGUCCCACCCUCUCCCACCAUACCAACCCCAGAAUCCCCCAAGGAACCCACGCCAUUACCAGAACCCCCACCCCUAACCCCUCCAGAGAUCCUGGAACCUAUCGUUAUGAAACGAAGACGGGUCCAGUACAAGCCCAAGAAGAGGAGAUGGCGUAAGAUAGAAGCCACCCCCUCAGAUGGAGGCAGUCCAGAACCAGUCCUUGUCGAUGCCCUGGACUACCUGGCAAAAUACUGCAUCGUCCACAAACAGCGCAUUCCACACUACCAGCACAUCUUCACUCGAGCUCUCCGUCAAAAGGGCAUCCAGGUGGAGGAGACAGUGCCCCCUAGUGUCCCCACUGUGGCCAGGCUCACUGCCCACAACAACAAUCCCACAAUACUGAACUCGCGCGAGGGUGUUAAAUUGGACCAUGACAAUGCCUCAGUCACCACAGAAACAUCAGGAUACGCCAGCGUAGUCAACGACGAUCCAGUCAGCAGUGGAGAUGAUUUCCAGAGUGUGUUUGGCACAUCAAAGACGAUCAAUGAGGAAGACUAUGUCAGCCCAAUAAACCUCACAACCUCUUUGAAGGAGGGUAGUAGUGGGGAUGAGGUUGAAAGCAGAGGGAAUGAAAACCAAAAACCAACAGGUUUCUUUGGAACAACUAUGUUUGCUACAGAGGACUACAUUGACAAGCUCUCAUUCCAGCUAGAAAACCUCUACAAAAAGUUGAACACCCUGCAGCUGAGGGUUUUAGAGCUUUCAAACGAGAAACGCCGGAUUGUGGCCAAUUUUACUCGCAAGGAGUUCCCUGAAGUCUUGAGGCCAGGUUUUGAUCCCAACGUCGUAGAGAAGAAAAGCCCCAAAGGCAAGAAACAGAAAGGUGAAGUGCAGUUUAUCUCAGUGGUGGAGGAGCUGGGCUAUCUGAAUCCAGACGAGGGCAGCAGAGAGGAAGUCCAUCCAGAGAAUGAUGACUGGGUUCUGAGUAGGCUCACCAACCGCCACUGGCAAAUGCUUGAGUCGGAUCCCUCAGUGAGGAGGCUAGACCUUGAAAGAGAAAGAGCACAGGAGAAAUACGACUUUGCUCAGGAGAGAAUCGCUGCCUUGCUUGAUGAGAAAACAAGAGCAUCACUUCAGGAGAAUGUCUUAAAGAGGCAAGACCUGCUUAGCCGAGCUGCCACUAAUGAUGACUUCCGACGGAAGCAAAGCGUAUUGUAUCAGCAAAUGAAUCCAGUACAGAAUUUUGAAGUUGACGUGAAGGAUCUGGAGUCCACUCUAAAACAAGUCAACAGUUAUCUGAUCACGGAGAAAGAAUGCCAGUACAUUUACCACGUGUUAGACUUGCCUCAGAGACACCGGAUAGACUUCAAGCUGUUUUCUGUGGUGGCUGCAUUGUCUGAAAAAGUCUCCAGACUAGAACCAUUCAUACGGAAGUUAAUCAAUAAGAUGAACUUUGAGGCCUUGGAAGUGAAAAUGCAGCAAGCCAAGGAACUAUUUUUCCUCUUAGCGGAUGAAGAUGAUGAGGCAGAUGGAGGUGAAGUGCCCAUCCAGAAUCUUGUUGUGGAGUUGGAAGCUGGUGGACUCAAACCAGAGCAUGUCAAACUGGUUGUAGAGAAAUUCAACCGCGAGGGCAAAGGAACUGUGGACUUUCUUGAUUUUCUGACGUACAUCCCCCUGUUCAUUGACAUCCAUGAAAACAUUAUAUCCGACCCGCUUAAUUUGUCAAGAGUGAGGUGACCUCAACCAUUCAGCCAAUUAUAUGAGCCAUUAUGGGCAGCUUGAGAGACUAUGCCAAUUGGUUGUGGAGUUAAUUAGAUGUUUAGCAUCUAUGCAGUUUUGCUCGGCCUCCCUAAUUGGCCAGUAGUUAGGUGCUACCAAGGAAACAGCCAAUCA